AUGGAUGUGGAAGUGGAGGAGGAGGAGAGGAAGGAAAAGGAGGCAGAGGAGGAGGAAGAGCAGGAGAAGGAGCUGGAGGAGGAGGAGCAGGAGGAGAAGCAGGGGGAGGUGCAGAAGGAGGAGGAGAAGGGGGUGGAGGAGGACAUAGUGGAGGAGGAGAAAGAGGAGGAGAAGGGAGAGGAAGCACUGGAGGAGGAGCAGGAGGAGGAGUUGGAGGUGGAGGAGCUGGAGGAGGAGGAGCACCAAGCACCACCAAGGAAGCACAAGCUGGUAGAGGAAGAGCACAAGGAGAGGAAACACACACACCCAGAGGUGAUUGACAUGGACAAGGAGAUGGAGGCAGAGGAGAUCAAGACCAAGCCACACAAGCAGCCAGUGGUGUGCCAGUACUCUGCAGGCAACACCAAAGAGCAACACAAGGAGGCUGCCAGACUACUUGUGCUGCCUGACCUGGAGCUAGAAACGAAAAUUCAUACACUCCCAAAUUUCCAAUCACUUCAGUCCAACCCCAACAUCAUCAGUGCCAGCCUUCAGGUGACCCACAACAACCAAGCAAUUCACCAGCAGAAGGAGCAGCUCAAUUGCAUCGACCCUUCAACUUUGCACUGUACCUGGGUUCAACCCACAUCAUGCCACCUUGAUGUUUGGAACUGCACCAUCUUUGAGGCUGUCAAUUGUAACCACAGAGUUGUGGUCUGGAACCUCAUUGAGCACUGGCAGUGGGAGAAUGUCUAUGAAGUUGUGCCAGCAGCUGCAGGGAUGGAACUCAGCUGGAUCAUCCUCAACCACAUCUCUGGCUUUGAGAACUACAUCAACUCAAAAACGCUUGAGGGUCAUGCUGCACCAAAGCCCACCACUCUGCAGAAGUACUCAACUACCUUAAGGGCCCUGUUCCAUGCUCCAGGAGUGGUGGAUCUUAUCAAGGAACUCAAUCGCCUCAUUCCAGAGGGUCAGGUGUUCAUCUCCCUUGACAACCUCAACUCUGGUGCCUUCAGGGAAUUGAGUGCCAAUGACAUGAUUGCUGUGCUUCAUCAUUAUAAGCACUACCAACACCAAGCCCCUUCCAAGAGUAUGUCCUUUCUUCUGAGUUCUUUUGUUCUUCUCCCCACAAGUCUAACUACUUCCCUCUUGCCAGAGAACUUCUGGUCACUAAUCACCAACCACUGGAGCAUGAUCAAAAGGCAGAUGGAGGCCUUUCAUCAGGCUGUUCAUGCAGCCACUGAAGCUUCUGGCACCACUCCAACCACCCCAACCAGUACAUUUUCAUUUUGCUGGUAA